CCGAUCUCCGCCCCAACCGUCUUUGGGCUGCGCUCGGAGCCCGGAUGCGCCGCCAUGCCGACUCUGUCAGCGCGUGGAAUAAUUUAUUCACCAACCUGGCGGACGCUGGGCGACUAGGAGUUGACUGAACAAGUCGACGAGAGGGAUUUUCGUGUUUGCAUCAGAUCUGGAAACCAAGGAAAAUGUCUGUUGAUGAGGAUACGGUGAAAAUUGGCAGCCCACAGGCCAGCUCGUCUGCAUCUCUGCAGCUCUCCGAUUGUACUGGAAGUUUCAGCAAUAUAUCGGUAAUGGUGGAAGCCACUGCGCCCACCCCCGACUUUGCGGCUGCUUGCCCUGUACCAGGUACCACGGCGUCCCCUAAACAAGCCAGCGCCACUGACACGCUGACCCACACAAAUAAAGCUGGGGAGAGGCCGAGAGGGACCGAGAACAACAUCAAUCGCAGGAACAGCAUUCAACAUUCAAAACAACCGCAACAAACGAAACUGGCGAAGCGUCGCAACACGGCAAACUCCAGUUUCAAGCACCCGGCGUAUGGCAAGAGGAGAAGAAGGGCCAAUUCUGAGAGCGAUUCUGUCCUGCCCACCAACUUCCUCCUAGGUGGGAACAUCUUUGACCCACUGAACCUCAACAGCCUGCUGGAUGAGGACGUCAAUAGGGCGCUGAAUGCCGAAACGCCCAAAUCCUCCCCACUGCCGGCGAAGAGUCGAGACCCUGUAGAAAUUCUUAUCCCCAGAGACAUCACGGAUCCGCUCAACCUGAACAGCGGCAUAGCAGACAGCAGCUUCUUGGCGUUGCCCUACAAGAGCGGCGGCAGGAAGAGACACCGCAACAGACACCAUGGAGGAGGCGGAGGCAGUAGUGGGAUUUCAACCUCACAGAUAAACCUCUCAGAAUUAGGAAAAAGCGAGGUCAAAAUGGACACCUCCACACUGCCGAGUAGCGUGGUAGAGUCAUGUUCUGCACUAGAUGUCUCCAAAGAAUCAGACAGUUUCUCCAGUGGCACAGGGAAUUCCCACGAGCACUCUGCUGACACCUCAGCCAGCUGCAGGGAGCCAGUGACUGCAUCGGUGCCUCUGGAGGAUACUGCAUCCUCCUUAUCGGGAGGCCCAAACCAGCACAUAAGCAGACGCAAGCGCAGGCGCAACUCUGGCAAGCUGGAGCCACCUGUGACACACUCCACCCCUGUUGGCAAGGCAGGGUGUGGGGACAGGAGUUGUGGUACAGGGGGACAGAGAACUCCUCAAACCUUUCACACACCCAGGAGUGGCUCCAAAGCAGUGCUAGGAGGGCGCCAGCAGCACCACCCCCACAGUCAGUCAAGGGAGCAACAGAAGAAGAAGUUCCAGUAUGGAAACUACAACAAGUACUAUGGUUAUCGCAACCCAGGUGCUAAUGAAGACCCACGGGUACGUGUGUUUCGUCCAGAAUGGUUCGAAGGUAAAGAUGUUUUGGAUUUAGGAUGCAAUGCUGGCCACCUAACGCUCUAUGUUGCCAAAAUGCUGAGACCCGCACGCAUAUUGGGCCUGGAUAUUGACAAUGGUCUGGUGCACGCGGCCCGUAAGAACAUCAGACAUUAUCUCUCUGAGCUGCAGACCCAAGAGUCCAGACGUGCAGUCCAGGAGAAAAAGGGCGUCAAACAGGAGGAGACGAAUGGAAAUGACGGUCAGACGGGCGAGGAAGAGGAGCACAGUCGAGCUGCAAGCAGGGGCGCUAAUGUUAAAGCGGCUGAAGGAGAAAGCGGCCCUGCGGAGGCUGUAAAUGACAAUGACUGUCACACAAACGAGGCACAGACCCAGGGGCAGCACGCUACAGCAGAGGGCAUAGCGCAGAAAGACUGCGAGUCACCCCCCGCCGAUCAGCCCGGGAGCUGUGCUUUCCCUGUGUCUCUACGGAUCUCCAGGGGACCCAUCGCUGCACCGCCACUGACAGAAAGUUCCACCACGCAGCCGGGGGAGUUCCCCUCCAAUGUGUCUUUCAUCAAGGCCAAUUAUGUUUUGGAGAAUGACCAUCUUCUUCAGACUCAGCGACCUGAGUAUGAUGUGAUCCUGUGCCUGAGCGUUACCAAAUGGGUUCACCUGAACUGGGGGGACAGCGGCCUCAAGCGUCUCUUCAAGAGAGCCUACAGACAUCUCCGUCCUGGUGGCAUGUUCAUCCUGGAACCUCAGCCCUGGGAAUCCUACGUGAGGAGAAAGAAGUUGACUGAUAAUAUUAACAGAAAUUAUAACAGCAUCUGUCUCAAGCCUGACCAGUUUUCAUCAUACCUUACAACUGAGGUGGGAUUUACAAGUUUUGAGUUUCUUGGAGCCCCCAAAUGUUCCAUAAGAGGUUUUCAGAGGCCCAUCUACUUAUUUCACAAAUAAAUCCACUUCUGCCUUUGAAGAACUUUGAAUGUGAGAAGCCCAAGACCACCACGAAUACACUGAAGCCAGCCAGCUGCCCUGUGCUGCGAGGAGUAUUAAUCAGGUUUCUCCGGAUACUCAGAGGCUCAAGAUGAAAUUCAGAAGAAUGGGACCAAAAGUGGAAUUAAAUUCAUUAAGAUGAGGCCUGUCAAAAUAAUAACUCUCUGGAUGUUCCAUGAUUACAAGGUAUGGAGUGAACUCAGCUGGAACUCCACAAUGUAUAACCUGGAGGAGACUGCUUGGCCACACUGUGGAAGGAGUGCUGCUCUGACAGGUUCCCUGGACUGUCCUAGUGCUACUGAUGCACAACCAUGACAUAUUUUAAUAUCUUUGGCCAUAUGUCUUUAUCAUUGUUCUGUGCCACCAUAUCACCAUGCAUUAGAAAUAUUAGCAUUGGGGGAUAGAUUGCAGCACAACACUGGAAUACAAAGUCUGUAAAAAAAUCAUCACUCACAAGGUGUCUUUUGAAAUGCCACAUAAGAGCAAACAAGGAUAUUGAUGAAAACAAAUGUAUUGGCUUAAAAAGUGGUUAAAUAUUUGAUUCAUGAAUUUUUAUGAUGCAGGAAUACGUAUUUCUUUCUAUAAAAUAGACUAAAUGGGUCAAUGAGCCAUUGAAACAAUAUGAUUAAAAGCUGAUCUAUUUGUCAUUUCCUAACCCUAAUAUUUUGUAGUGUUCGCAUUAGUGUUGCUAAAUGGGUCUAAGAGUUAAAUUAACUUUAACCUGUUACCAAGCUUUUCAUCCAUUCGAUGUAGCUCCUUAACUGCACGAGCCUUGGCCUUUAUAUGAAGAUGGGCAGGUGUAGGUGACAGGUGGGUAAACUCAAAGCAGGCAGAACAGGGAACAUCCAGUGACCUGCUGAAUGUUAACAGUUCACUGGCAGCUUUCGUUGAAAGGGCUGUACAGAGGUGAUCCCGGGCUAUUGAGCAAAUCAGUGACCGUAGUUUAACUGUCGAUGAAAUUGAUACCGCCACAAAAUAUUUCAUCAUCUUACAUGUACUCGUUUUGGCAUCUAAAGACUUUGGGCUGUCUUGGGUGUAAACCAUUUAGAAAGCAACAACAACUGUAUGUAUGUCUUUAGGCCCAUCUGAUGCUUAAUUGUAAUGGUAGGGGGCACCUUUGAGCCGUGAUGACACCCAGGUGUUGGAUCAGCUCAGCUUAAUGCAGCACACAGACCCCAUGGACUAUUUUGCAAUGGUAAAUUGUAGCAUGCAGUAUUUUUGUUAAUGACAGUUAAGCCAUAGUCUGACCUUAAACGGUGUUUACGAUCCUCCAUGAGGUGCUGACCGAGAAUGCAGAUGAGUGUCAAAUUUAAGGCAGGACCCUAUUAUUGCUACAGUGCUUUGUAAAUCAAGCACAUGCGUUGUUUUUCUAUGGGCACUGGGAAGGCAUUAAUGCAAACAGCGUCCUUAAAGUACCAAGGAGCUUUUUUUUUUAGCUCUGAAGUUACUCAGCUUCUGUGAGGCUGGCUGAUGAAAACUUACACAUGUACAUAUUGGUUUGUUACUAAAAUGACUGGAACAUAUCCAUUAGUGUUUUUGUUAUUAUCAUUUUUUUAACCAAAAUUUAAUUUUACAUAUGCUGUUUGAAUUGUUGCCAAAGUACUGAAUGGGUCUUUUGCUCUUAAAUUUGAUAUAACACGCCUCUUAGUCUUUGGCCUCAUGAGGACAGUUACUACAUUCUCGUGAUUGUAUCUUUACUGAUCUGCACAUGAGUCCUCUGCAACAUUUUAUUUCCAUAAAAUGUUGCAAGGAAAAUGUUCGCUGAGAGUGGUUCAGUCAGCGUUUGGCACACUAGGGUAGGAAGUGAUAGCUGACUCUAUUUUAGUAGCUGAUCAAUGUAUAUACAUUUGCUGAUUUUUGUUUUACUGUUGUCGGUCAUAAGUUCACUUCAUUUUCAUUUUUUAGUGGACUUUUUUUUUUCUAUCGCAAAUGUCUGCGGCCAAUCUGUAAGUACGUCACGAGUUUUUGUUCUGAAACGGAUCCCGAUUCCAGCUCUGUAACAGCAAAUGACUAUGUACACUGCAAAAGCAAGAGGAGUUUGCUUCGUUCUGUCCUGGCAGGAACAUGGAUCCCUAGAUUAGCUCUUUAUUUUGUUUUAUAAACUGUUUGAAAGGAUGAUUGGUGUUAAUGUGCUCUGUUUCACAUCAUUUGACACAUCAUUGACAUGUAGACAUUUUUAAUUUCCUCAAAGUCCAAACGUUUCAAUCAAACCUUUUAUAGCGAUUUAUGGAACACAUAUUAAACUACAAAAUAAAAUGUCAGGUUUCGUAUUGAAUUGAAACUGAAUUGACCUCGGGCUUCGUCCUGCCUGUCAGAUGCAGCACGCCAAAUUCUGUCCUACCUAAGCUACGACAAUCGAAUCCUCAGGCUUAGAUCUCCCCACUGCUGUGAUUUCAAGGGCAUUUUGCUUUUUGCAUUAUUAAUGUAACUUUUUAGUGGCACAUCAUGAAAUGAGCUUCUUUUAAGCAACUGGUUUAAAGCUAUGAUUGCACCUUACUGUGUCUGCAGCAGUAUCUCACAGACGUUAACCCAGUAGGCCAGAGUUGUAAGUCGAGGUAUCUGAGCUAAAGCAUAUCUUUGCUGGAAAUGUGAAUUUACAUGUUGUCAUACAGAGUGCUAUAUAAACAUUUUGUCCUCCCCUUGAGGUUUUCCAGAAGUUGUGCUUAUAAAAUGAUAUGACAAAAGUUCCAUAGUGAUAAUGAUGCUCACAGUGGCAAUUCAUUCCGUAGCAAUAACCUGAAAAAACAUUAAGGACCAGACACGAAUCCACUAUUUACUAUUUGGUACUUGUCAUGUAUUGUCUAAUGUAGAAGUACUGUACACACAGGGUUUCUGAACCAGCCAGAGCUACACAUUCUAAAGCUGCAGUGACACAACAGAUGUCUAAACUCAAGGGGUGUAUGAUUUUAAAUGGCACUCACAUGUUUCAUGUUGACUUUGCACUGACAAGCUUCGAGGGAAUUAAACUAGUUUAGUUAAUGUUUGCAGUUAAAGUUGGUGUUCUCCAUGUACUUUAACUUUCAUAGAAUCAGUUUUGUGGGAGAAAAGCUGUUGGAAUUUGACACCCCCUCUGUCAGGGAAGCUUUUAAUUUCCAUGCCUCUGAACAAGAACAUAUACCUGAAUGUUUCUCUGUGUUUAACGUUUUCAUUGAUUAAAAGUCCUUCCAGA